GUGCCCUGCAGAGCUUUUUAUUUUGAGUAAAUUUCUGAUGUAGAGAAAUGCAAGAAUAGAACAAAGAACUUCUAAUAUCCUUAACCCUUAAUCCUCAAAUAUUAACAUUUAAUCACAUUUACUUUAUUCCCUCUUUUUUUAUACAUACUAUUUUUUACCAUUUAAGAGUAACUUACAGACAUGAUAUCCCUUUACUCCUAAACACUUAGUCAAAGAUAUUUUCUUGGUAACUACAGUACCAUUAUGAAAAUGGGCACAGUAACAUUGGCACAGUCUUAAUAGCAGAUCUACAGAUCUUACUCAGAUUUUGCCAGUUGUCUCAAUAAUUCCCUUUAGAGCCAAACAAAAUCUAUUUUUUCCUGGUCAGGUCUUCAAUCCAAGAUCACAAGUAGCACUUAGUUGUCAUGUUUGUUUAGUUGCCUGCAUUCUGGAAGUUUCUUAGUUUCUGUUCUUCAGGACCUUGAUAUUUUUAAAGAAUACAGGCUAGUUACUUUGUAGAAUGUCCCUCAGUCUGUAUUUGUCCGAUAUUUCCUUAUGACCUGAUCAGGUUAUGCAGUUUUGGCAGGAAUAGUACAGAACUGAUGUGGUGUUCUCAGUACAUCAUGUCAGGAGAUGCCUGAUAUCCUUUUAUCCCAUUAUUGGUGAUGAUUAACUUCAACUGCUUGGGUAAGGUGGUCUCUGUCGGGUUUCAUCACUGCAAAGUUAGUAUUUUUCCCUUUGUAAUUAAUAACACUAUUGUUGGGAGAUACUUUGGGAGUACGUAAAUGUCUUGGUUCUCAUCAGUGUGCUUGCCUUAACCAGUAGGGCCAAGUAGUAAUUUUAAAGUCAACCAUUCUUCUUACAUUAGUUGAUAUUUUACUGUAAGAUUUGGUACUUCUCUCCAUUCACUCACUCAGUCAUUCAUUCAUAUCAGUAUGGACCCAUGGGUUCUUAUUUUGUUCAGUUGUUUGUAAUUUUUUAUUAGCAUAAUUUAUCGCUCAAAUUAUGGUGCUAGUGGAAGCCCCUUUCAAGCUCAACUUCCCACUUUUUGAGAUCCAUACUGUCAUCUGGAUCCUUACUGCUACCUGUUUGUAUGCUAUUCUCCUUCCUUCCUAAGGGGAAGACAUGCCAGCUAAAGCUAAGCUAAGAAAUAUACAGCAUUGCUGCCACUCUGUCUGUUGUCCUCUUUUGUCCUCAUCCUCUGUCACAAAUAUGUAUUUUUUAUUAAUUUGUAUAUGUACAUGUCUCCAGAAUUUCUUUAUGCACAUAUAAGGACAUGUAAAUAUGUAUAUAUAUAUUCAUAUCCCUCCCAACACAAAAAGAUAGCACACUGAGCCUUAGAUUUUGAUUUUUCCAGUUAACUUUAAGCCUUCCUGAUCCUUUCACAUCAGGGUGUAGAGGAGACCUUUGUUUUGCAGCUGCAUAAUAUUCCAUUUUAUGGAUAUAUCCAUUUUAUUUAACUACUGUAUUUGCAGAUAAUUGUCAGUUAUUGUAAAUAGCAUGUUCCCCACCCUUCAAUACGAUGAUCCCUUUCCACUUCCAGAUAACUAUUAGUUGUCCUUACUUUAAAAAAUAUGCAAAACUUCAUUUUAUCCUAUUCUCUUCAUUUUACAGCUGAAGCUUUUGAAAAACCAGUCCAAAUCUCCAACUUCCUUACCUAUUUUUGCUCCAGUUCAGUUUUCAUCUCUACUGUCUGGUGAAUUCUAUAGUUUUGAAGGUUGCUAGUGACUUCCUGUUGUGUAGUGCUAGACAGGUUUUGGUGAUUAAUUUAGGUAGGGGAUAAAAAUGAGAAAAGGAAUGGGGGGUGGCAAUCAAAUGGGAAAAGAGGAAGACUGGAAGGAAAUAGAAGAAGGUGGGAUCUGCACGGGAGAAAGUAGGAGAACAGAAUGUUUUUUGGCAGAAGAUGUGAAGUGUAUUUUUAUUUCUAGCUUGUAACAUACAGCUGGCUUCUAUGUGAGGAUGAGCUGGCUUGUGGUGUGUUGCUGACUGAUAGGCUAGUUGGGCCUUCAGGAAAGUUGCUUCCUGUUUUCUGUCUCCUAAAGCAAAAUAGAGACACCUGACCCCUUGUCCCAUUAUUGUCAUUUCUCCCUCUGUCACCCAGGGUGGCAUGCAGUGGCACAAUCAUAGCUCACUGCAGCCUCCAACUCCUAGGCUCAGUUGAUUCUUGGGCCUCAGCCUCCCACAUAGCUGAGACUACAGGUAUGCCCACCACCCCCAGCUAAUUGUUAGGAUAUUUUGAGUUAUCUCAGAUUUAUUCUUUGCUUGCGUUUUUCACUGCCACCAUGGUAGUUUGGGGAACUACACAUUCACUUAGAUUUUCACAAGUCUUUUCACCCCUGUUUUUGCCAACUUAUUGCCUAUUCUUACCCAACAUUUUCCCUCCCUUUUUCAAUUCCAGUCAGGGCUGGUCCCUGCAAUUGUCAUGCUGACAAGUCUCCAUACUUCGCUUGUGCCCACACCUUUCUGUGCUCCUAAAAAAUCUUGCCUCUUUUGCAAGAGCCAGAUCAACUUCUUACUGCUCCGUAAAGCCUUCCACAGUUGAAACAGCUCUUAUACCUGUCUUAUUUCACUAAUCUUGCUUACAACCUGUACCAAAUGUUUGCUUGUUUUCUUAUUUCAGAUGUGUUCAGUUGUUUCUACAAAAUUGUAGGAAUUUUUUUCCUAUAAAAAAAAUCAUGUUUCCUAGCUGAGUACAGUGGCUCACCCCUGUAAUCCCAGUACUUUGGUAGGCCGAGGUAGGAGGAUUGCUUGAGCCCAGGAGUUUGAGACUAGCACCACCUCACUCCAGCUCGGGGCAACAGAGUGAGACUUCGUCUGUAAAUAAAUGAAUAAGAAGUUUAGUGCUUGAGGUUUCUAUUGGGAGCUGGUUCUGUACACUAUGGAAAUCUACCACCCGCCCCACUUUAAAAUUACUGCGUAGUAUUCCUUGGUGUGAUUACAGGAUGAUUUAACUUUUCCCUAUUGAUUGGUUUUUGGUUAUGAUUUUAUGCUGCGGUGUCUAUCUUUGUACGGUUCCUUUUUCAGAGGCUUAGAUUUGAAUUGAUGGAUCAUAAGAUAGUGACAUUUAAAAAUUCGUUGUGAAUAGAUACUUCCAGAUUGCUCACCAGAAGCUUAGUGCUAGUCCAUACAUACUUCCAAUAGCAAGUACAAGAGUACCCUUCAGAAGGGAUUAAUUUUAAUGAUAUUCAGGGCUGGGAAUGUAGGAAAAAUUGACCAUCAAGUGUCAGGAAGCGCAAGAGUAGGAAGGGGCAUUCUAGCCCCGAGGUGUACCCUGCUGCCUUGAUAGGCCCUUUAAAUAGAGACAGACUGUCACUAUGUUGCCCAUUCUGUUCUCAAACUCCUGGCCUCCCAGACUGCUGGGAUUACAGGCCUGAGCCACCAUACCCGGCCAGAAACGCAUUCUUGAACGGUAUGAGUAAAUCAUUUGUAGUGGCUACUGGAAGAUACAGGCAAAAUUUGAAGCUUAGCUUGAUUUGUUGUGUGGAAUGUACCAUCCUAAUCUUGAUCUAUUUGUUUUUUCAGAUCGAGAUAUUGCAUUUCCCCUAGUCAAUGUAUGAAAUCAACUUUAAAAUACAAUUUACAUACAGUAAAAUUCAAACGUUGAGUGUGUAGGUGAAUGAUUUGACAAAUGUAUACACCCUUGUAAUUACCACUCCAAGCAAGUUAGAAAACAUUUCCAUUUUCCUUGAAAGUUCCCUCAGUGGCAUUGACUUCUACAGGCCACCUCAAAGGCUUUAUACAUGAGAUGCAGGGCAUAAGUCAAGUUCUGAUAAAAGGGGAGUCUGGUUUUUACAGACAACGAGGUAGAUUCAUAGAACUUACAGAUGUGAGGUAUCCUGCAAAGUAGCCUUCAGGGCAUGGAUGAUUGCUAACUGGAGUGUUGUCUUGGUGGCAGGUGCAUCAAACAGGGUGGCCCGCUUAGGCCUUUCAAAUCCAUCAGUCUUUGCUCCUCUUGAUGGUUGUGGUAAAUGAUACAGUCAGAUGUCUUAAAUGAGUCUGUAUGAACAUUUAACUGCUGGAAGCUGACGUGUUUGGGCACAGGUGUUGUUGUUGUUGUUGUUGUUGUUGUUUUGGUUUUUUUUUUUUUCAGUUGGCUUUCUCUGAAGGAGGAGAUACGGGAAAAAGCAUGACUGGUUGGCUGUGAUGAUGGUGUUGAAGAACAAAACUUACUCCCCUCUGUGCUUACAGUAUCGGCUGAUGUUGUAUAUUUCCUUGAGAAGAAAUGUCUGGGAUUUAGUGCAAGACGAAGAACAGUUGAUGGAAGAAAAGAAAAAGAAAAAAGACGACAAGAAAAAGAAGGAAGCUGCUCAAAAGAAGGCCACUGAACAAAAAAUCAAAGUGCCAGAACAGAUAAAGCCCAGUGUAAGCCAGCCUCAGCCUGCCAACUCUAAUAACGGCACUUCCACAGCAACCAGCACUAAUAAUAAUGCCAAGCGAGCUACAGCCAACAAUCAGCAGCCACAGCAGCAGCCGCAACAGCAGCAGCCGCAGCAGCCGCAGCAGCCGCAGCAGCAGCAGCAGCAGCCACAGCCACAGCCGCAGCAGCAGCAGCAGCAGCAGCAGCCACAGCAGCAGCCACAGGCCUUGCCUCGGUAUCCUCGUGAAGUACCUCCACGAUUUCGCCACCAGGAACACAAACAGCUUCUAAAGAGGGGUCAGCAUUUUCCUGUUAUAGCAGCAAACCUUGGAUCUGCUGUUAAAGUGUUAAACAGCCAGUCAGAAAGCAGUGCUUUAACAAAUCAACAGCCACAAAAUAACGGAGAGGUGCAGAACAGCAAAAACCAGUCAGAUAUAAACCACAGUACUUCAGGAUCCCAUUAUGAAAAUUCCCAGCGGGGACCUGUGUCUUCUACAAGUGAUUCUAGCACAAACUGUAAGAAUGCUGUUGUAAGUGACUUGUCGGAAAAAGAAGCAUGGCCCUCAGUCCCUGGCAGUGAUCCGGAGUUGGCUUCAGAAUGUAUGGAUGCUGAUUCUGCCUCCAGUUCUGAAUCAGAGAGAAACAUCACUAUCAUGGCUUCAGGGAACACAGGUGGUGAAAAAGAUGGCCUUCGGAAUAGCACCGGACUUGGUUCCCAAAACAAGUGUGUAGUUGGCAGCAGCAAUAAUGUGGGCCGUGGAAGUAGUACUGGGCCGUGGGGUUUUUCCCAUGGAGCCAUAAUAAGCACAUGUCAGGUCUCUGUGGAUGCUCCUGAAAGCAAGUCUGAAAGUAGCAACAGUAGAAUGAAUGCUUGGGGCACUGUAAGUUCUUCAUCAAAUGGAGGGUUAAAUCCAAGCACUUUGAAUUCAGCUAGCAACCAUGGUGCCUGGCCAGUAUUAGAGAACAAUGGACUUGCCCUAAAAGGGCCUGUAGGGAGUGGUAGUUCUGGCAUUAAUAUUCAGUGCAGUACUAUAGGCCAGAUGCCUAACAAUCAGAGUAUUAACUCUAAAGUGAGUGGUGGUUCUACCCAUGGUACCUGGGGAAGCCUUCAGGAAACUUGUGAAUCUGAAGUAAGUGGUACACAGAAGGUUUCAUUCAGUGGUCAACCUCAAAAUAUUACCACUGAAAUGACUGGACCAAAUAACACUACUAACUUUAUGACCUCUAGUUUACCAAACUCCGGUUCAGUGCAGAAUAAUGAGCUGCCUAGUAGUAACACAGGGGCCUGGCGUGUGAGCACAAUGAAUCAUCCUCAGAUGCAGGCUCCAUCAGGUAUGAAUGGCACUUCCCUUUCUCACCUUAGCAAUGGAGAGUCAAAAAGUGGAGGCUCUUAUGGUACUACAUGGGGUGCCUAUGGUUCUAAUUACUCUGGAGACAAAUGUUCAGGCCCUAAUGGCCAAGCUAAUGGUGACACUGUGAAUGCAACUCUAAUGCAGUCUGGCGUAAAUGGUCCUAUGGGCACUAACUUUCAAGUUAACACCAACAAAGGAGGUGGUGUGUGGGAAUCUGGUGCAGCAAACUCCCAGAGUACAUCAUGGGGAAGUGGAAAUGGCGCAAAUUCUGGAGGAAGUCGAAGAGGAUGGGGAACCCCUGCACAAAACACUGGCACUAAUUUACCCAGCGUUGAGUGGAACAAACUGCCUAGCAAUCAGCAUUCCAAUGACAGUGCAAAUGGCAAUGGUAAGACGUUUACAAAUGGAUGGAAAUCUACUGAGGAAGAGGAUCAGGGUUCUGCCACAUCUCAGACAAAUGAGCAAAGCAGUGUGUGGGCCAAAACAGGAGGUACAGUGGAGAGCGAUGGUAGUACAGAAAGCACUGGACGCCUUGAGGAAAAAGGAACUGGGGAAAGUCAGAGUAGAGACAGAAGAAAAAUUGAUCAGCACACAUUACUCCAAAGCAUUGUAAACAGAACUGACUUAGAUCCACGUGUCCUGUCCAACUCUGGUUGGGGACAGACUCCUAUUAAGCAGAAUACUGCCUGGGAUACAGAAACAUCACCUAGAGGGGAACGAAAGACUGACAAUGGGACAGAGGCCUGGGGAAGCUCUGCAACACAGACUUUUAACUCAGGGGCAUGUAUAGAUAAGACUAGCCCUAAUAGUAAUGAUACCUCAUCAGUAUCAGGGUGGGGCGAUCCCAAACCUGCCCUGAGGUGGGGAGAUUCCAAAGGCUCAAACUGCCAGGGGGGGUGGGAAGACGAUUCUGCUGCUACAGGAAUGGUCAAGAGCAAUCAGUGGGGGAAUAGCAAAGAGGAGAAGGCUGCAUGGAAUGACUCGCAAAAGAACAAACAGGGAUGGGGUGAUGGACAAAAAUCAAGCCAAGGGUGGUCUGUUUCUGCCAGUGAUAACUGGGGAGAAACUUCAAGGAGUAACCAUUGGGGUGAGGCCAAUAAGAAAUCCAGCUCAGGAGGUAGUGACAGUGACAGGUCCGUUUCCGGUUGGAACGAACUUGGUAAAACUAGUUCUUUUACUUGGGGAAACAACAUAAAUCCAAAUAAUUCAUCAGGAUGGGACGAAUCUUCUAAACCUACUCCUUCCCAGGGAUGGGGAGACCCUCCAAAGUCUAAUCAGUCUCUAGGUUGGGGAGAUUCGUCAAAGCCAGUCAGUUCUCCAGACUGGAACAAGCAACAAGACAUUGUUGGAUCUUGGGGAAUCCCACCAGCUACAGGCAAACCUCCUGGUACAGGCUGGCUGGGGGGACCUAUACCAGCCCCAGCAAAAGAAGAAGAACCCACAGGCUGGGAGGAACCAUCCCCAGAAUCUAUACGUCGCAAAAUGGAGAUUGAUGAUGGAACUUCAGCUUGGGGAGAUCCAAGCAAAUACAACUACAAAAAUGUGAACAUGUGGAACAAAAACGUCCCAAAUGGCAACAGCCGUUCAGACCAGCAAGCACAGGUACAUCAGCUGCUAACGCCUGCAAGUGCCAUCUCAAACAAAGAGGCAAGCAGUAGCUCUGGCUGGGGUGAGCCCUGGGGGGAGCCUUCUACUCCAGCCACAACUGUGGAUAAUGGUACUUCAGCAUGGGGUAAGCCCAUAGACAGUGGUCCCAGCUGGGGGGAACCCAUUGCUGCGGCAUCCAGCACAUCCACGUGGGGCUCCAGCUCUGUUGGUCCACAAGCAUUAAGCAAAUCUGGGCCAAAAUCUAUGCAAGAUGGCUGGUGUGGUGAUGAUAUGCCAUUGCCUGGAAAUCGCCCCACUGGCUGGGAAGAGGAAGAGGAUGUAGAGAUUGGAAUGUGGAAUAGUAAUUCAUCUCAAGAGCUUAACUCAUCUUUAAAUUGGCCACCAUAUACAAAGAAAAUGUCAUCGAAGGGUCUGAGUGGCAAAAAAAGGAGAAGGGAAAGGGGAAUGAUGAAAGGUGGAAACAAACAAGAAGAAGCGUGGAUAAAUCCAUUUGUUAAACAGUUUUCAAAUAUCAGUUUUUCGAGAGACUCACCAGAGGAAAAUGUACAAAGCAAUAAGAUGGACCUUUCUGGAGGAAUGUUACAAGACAAACGAAUGGAGAUAGAUAAACAUAGCCUAAAUAUUGGUGAUUACAAUCGAACGGUCGGGAAAGGCCCUGGUUCUCGGCCUCAGAUUUCCAAAGAGUCUUCCAUGGAGCGCAGUCCUUAUUUUGAUAAGAAUGGCAAUCCCAGUAUGUUUGGUGUUGGAAACACAGCAGCACAACCCCGGGGCAUGCAGCAGCCUCCAGCACAACCUCUUAGUUCAUCUCAGCCUAAUCUCCGUGCUCAAGUGCCUCCUCCAUUACUCUCCCCUCAGGUUCCAGUUUCAUUGCUGAAGUAUGCACCAAACAACGGUGGCCUGAAUCCACUCUUUGGCCCUCAACAGGUAGCCAUGCUGAACCAGCUAUCCCAGCUAAACCAGCUUUCUCAGAUCUCCCAGUUACAGCGAUUGUUAGCGCAGCAGCAAAGGGCGCAGAGUCAGAGAAGCGUGCCUUCUGGGAACCGGCCACAGCAAGACCAGCAGGGUCGACCUCUUAGCGUGCAGCAGCAAAUGAUGCAACAAUCUCGUCAACUUGAUCCAAACCUGUUGGUGAAGCAGCAGACUCCACCAUCUCAGCAGCAGCCACUCCAUCAGCCAGCCAUGAAGUCUUUCCUUGACAAUGUCAUGCCCCACACUACACCUGAGCUGCAAAAAGGGCCAUCACCAAUAAAUGCUUUCAGCAACUUCCCUAUAGGCUUGAACUCAAACUUGAAUGUAAAUAUGGAUAUGAACAGUAUUAAAGAGCCACAGUCAAGACUAAGGAAGUGGACGACAGUGGACAGCAUUUCUGUGAACACAUCUUUGGAUCAAAACUCCAGCAAACAUGGUGCUAUUUCAAGUGGUUUCAGGCUGGAAGAGUCUCCAUUUGUUCCCUAUGACUUUAUGAACAGCAGUACUUCACCAGCCAGUCCUCCAGGUUCAAUAGGAGAUGGCUGGCCACGUGCCAAAUCGCCUAAUGGCUCUAGCAGUGUUAAUUGGCCACCAGAAUUUCGUCCUGGUGAGCCAUGGAAAGGUUAUCCAAACAUUGACCCUGAAACUGACCCUUACGUCACUCCUGGCAGUGUCAUAAACAAUCUUUCAAUUAAUACUGUGCGGGAAGUUGACCACCUCAGGGACAGGAACAGUGGGUCAUCCUCAUCCUUGAACACCACGCUGCCUUCAACUAGUGCCUGGUCAUCCAUUCGUGCCUCCAACUACAACGUUCCCCUCAGCAGUACAGCACAAAGCACUUCAGCCAGAAAUAGUGAUUCCAAAUUGACAUGGUCUCCUGGUUCAGUUACAAACACCUCUCUGGCUCAUGAGCUGUGGAAGGUCCCUUUGCCACCUAAAAACAUUACUGCUCCGUCUCGCCCACCUCCGGGACUGACUGGUCAGAAGCCACCCUUGUCUACGUGGGAUAAUUCUCCCCUUCGUAUAGGUGGAGGAUGGGGAAAUUCUGACGCCAGAUAUACCCCAGGUUCCAGCUGGGGUGAGAGCAGCUCAGGGAGAAUAACAAAUUGGCUUGUUCUGAAAAACCUUACACCUCAGAUCGAUGGCUCAACUCUGCGCACUCUGUGCAUGCAGCACGGCCCGCUGAUCACAUUCCACCUGAACCUCCCUCACGGAAAUGCUCUGGUCCGCUACAGUUCAAAAGAAGAGGUAGUGAAGGCACAAAAGUCUCUGCACAUGUGUGUACUGGGGAACACUACUAUUCUUGCUGAGUUUGCCAGUGAAGAGGAGAUCAGUCGUUUCUUUGCACAAAGCCAGUCUCUGACCCCUUCUCCCGGCUGGCAGUCUCUCGGGUCCAGCCAGAGCCGGCUGGGCUCCCUCGACUGUUCCCACUCAUUCUCCAGCCGGACCGAUCUCAAUCACUGGAAUGGUGCUGGGCUGUCGGGAACUAACUGUGGAGACCUUCACGGCACUUCACUCUGGGGGACCCCGCAUUAUUCCACAAGCCUGUGGGGUCCUCCAAGCAGCAGCGACCCCCGAGGAAUUAGCAGCCCAUCUCCCAUUAACGCUUUUCUUUCUGUUGACCACCUGGGUGGGGGUGGAGAGUCCAUGUAACAGUGUAGAUGCAGACUCACCGACCGGGACCUCAGACGCGAGGGAAAGGAGCACUAAGUGGGGCUCGCCGCCUGCAGCCAGGGGCCGCCUGUGGGAACAGCUAUUCUCUGCACAUUUUCCACUUUGUUUUCCCCAAAACAUAUCAGUUUGAAUACUUGAAUCAUGCAGGCCAAUAUUAUAAUGUGAAAAGGUAUCUACUCUAUUUACACUCCCAAAUAGCGCCAUACAUGCUAAACCGUAGAGAAUGAGCUCGCUUGUGUCUAUUCAUCAUGUUUAGCCUUUGGAUUCUUUUUUUUUUUUUUUUUUUUUUUUCCUUCUAUUCCUCCCCACCCCCGCCCCUUUUUUUCUCUCUUGCAAAACCAUUUUUUGGGCUGAUAACGUAUGAGCUUUUCCCUUUGCACUGAAUGAUGUUCUCUCCGUCUCAUCGGCAGUAUGGGGGGCAGCUGUCCCAGUGUCAAUGUUUACUCAAGGGUGUUCUUAGGAGGCGUGCGCUCUCUACUAUGCCUUGAUGUUGCCUACCUUAUUGUGGUAUCGUGGAGUUUAAAAGAUCAAGUUAGGAUGCUGACUUAGGAUUAUUAAUGAAAGUGUUGCACCAGUUUUUUCAUGUUGUAAAACUAAAGAAUUUCGCUCUGCAGUUUGAAAAACUGUGGCCACAGCUGUGACUUGCAGCCCACCUGCCACCCAGGACGGGCCCUGCACUUUGAAUAGGCUUUCCAUUUUGUUUUGGAGGUUCUCAUGUUGAACCUUCUUGUUUACAGAUUUUUUUGUUUGUUUUUUGAGAAAAAAAAAUGUUUACUCUUCCAUCAUUUAAAAAAAAUGUAAAAGACAAAAAAAAAUGGAGGAUGAUUUAAAAGAUGCUUUCUAUCUCUGGGAAAAAGGAGCAGCAUUUGGCCAUGUUCUUUUGUUUUUCUAUUCCUGUCCCAAAUCAAAGAGCAUGGUUCUCAGGAAAACCAGUUCCCCAGUUAAAAAAAAAAAAAAAAAAAAAAAAAAAAUUCCUUGUAGUUUCUUAUAGGAAAAAAAGAAAAACCCCAACUUUUAGCACUGAUACUACAUAUUGCUCUGUUAAAGAAUUUUCUCUGCCAAAAAAAAAAAGAAAAAACAAAAAAACGCUUAAAGCUGGAGUUUGACAUUCUGCUUUCAGAUGCUGUCUUUUUAUUAGUGAGUGAUGAUGGUUUGCUAAUAAUCAAUAGGUAAUAAUUUUUUGUAAUCCCAUCAAGUGGCUCCAUAUGUUUCUGCUCUCUUGUGACUGUGUUAAUGUUUAACUGUUGUACCUUAAAGCCGAAAUCAGUAACUAUGCAUACUGUAACCAAGGUAUUGGGCUUACAGAGUUGUUUGUUGUAUAAAGAAAAUUUUAAAUGUUGCAAACUAACGAGUUACACCAUUUUAAACUUUCUUUCCUCCCCCCUUUUUUUGCCCACAAAUGGUAUUAUAAUGCUUGCUUAGUCAAAGAAGAGAGACUAAACAAGGGUAAAAAUUUUAACAGUACAGAAUUUGCCAUCAUAUCAUUGCCUUGAUUCUAACUGUUUGUGUCCUAAGAUGCAAAAGAAGUCAGUGGCUUUUAACUGUUUACAAAUAGAAUGUGAUUGUAAAAUGUACAGUUUGGUUGUGUUUGAAUUAUGAAAUUUCUUCAGAUAUAAUAAACCAUGACUUUUUGGCUGCUCAACAUUAAUUGUCUCCUUUUUGUGAAUUUAUUUGUAGGCUCUUUUUUAUAAUGAAAGUUUCAAAGUUGCUAUGUAUGAGGGUUCUCAUAGAGCAACCGAUUAAAAAUUUAAGCAAAUAUUUGAACAUUUUAUCUGAACUCAUCACAAUUUCACCCUGAAAUAAUGUGAGAACAAUGGGAAACUGUAGCUUGCUCCUUCCCACCCUCUCUGAGCAUCUUUGGGAUCUUGUUGCUCAAAACUCUUCUGUGACUUCAUCUUCCCCACCAUUUGUGCCCAUCUCAAGCCUCAGCAAGAAACCAUGUGGAACAUGAAGCUUAAUGACUUGACAGUGUACUAGUGUUAAACUCUCAUACCUCUGUUACAAAGCGAGAAACGCCACACCCGGACUGGCCUUUUCUUCCCCUUCACGGCCCUCGCUUCUCCCUGCAGGAGCUCGGGGGCGGAACCUGUGUAUGGAUUUCAGUGUAUGACUUCAGAUCAUGCUCCAACUUGCCAGGUGUAAGCUAAUGUUGUCGGACACCUUACUAUAAGCAAAUGUUAUUCAGUGCGUUCAAUGUAUAUUGACUUCCAUACUGGUUUUUCCAAAAACCAAAGGUAGCUUUGAAAAACCAUGUCUGGAAAUGUUUGGAGCGUUAAGCUGAUUGACCUUUUGACCUUGGGGCUUUGAGUAGUAUAUAAUUCAUAACUGCGUUAAUUGUAUUGUUAAAGUGUUUGGGAGUUUUUUGCGCUUGUUAUGUGGAAAUAAAGUGUUUGAUUUAAAAUUUUUUAAA